UGGGUCACAACAAACACGGACAAAAACAAGACGAGCUGAGAAUUAGCUGUGUGGCACAACUUGUUAAAAGAGCGGAAUUAAAUAUCUUGUCAGUCGGACCCUUGUUGUCGAAGGGUCUCAGUAGACGGAUAAAUGUCUGAUGCAGCAGGAGCUCCUAGAAGAGAAGAAGAGGAGGAAGUUACACCUGAACCAGAGGAGCAAUCAGACGACAGCAGUGAGGAGGAGGAGGCUGCAGGAGAAAUGGACUUCCUGCGCAACCUCUUUUCCAGCACCCUGGGCCUCGGCUCAGCGGAAAAAGUUCUGGAUGAUCUGACCCUGGAGGGAGUGGCGCAAUACAUUAAGAGUGGCAAAUGUAAAAACAUCCUCUGCAUGGUUGGAGCUGGUAUAUCCACAUCGGCUGGGAUCCCUGAUUUCCGCUCUCCUGGAACUGGGUUGUAUGCGAACCUACAGAAAUAUAACCUGCCCUACCCAGAGGCUAUCUUCCAGAUAGAUUACUUCAAGAAACAUCCAGAGCCAUUCUUUGCCUUGGCUAAGGAGCUUUACCCAGGACAGUUUAAGCCGACAAUCUGUCACUACUUCAUGAAGAUGCUGAAGGACAAGGGGCUCCUGAAACGCUGCUACACACAGAAUAUUGACACCCUGGAGCGUGUUGCCGGGCUCGAGGGAGACGAUCUAAUUGAAGCUCAUGGAACAUUUUACACAUCCCACUGUGUCAGCUUCUGUUGCCGCAAGGAGUACAACCUGGACUGGAUGAAAGAAAAAAUCUUUUCUGAUGACAUUCCCAGAUGUGACAAGUGCAGCAGUCUUGUCAAACCAGAUAUCGUCUUCUUUGGAGAGAAUCUACCUGUCCGGUUCUUCACUUCAAUGAAGAUGGACUUUCCUCGUUGUGAUCUUCUCAUCGUCAUGGGGACGUCUCUGCAAGUGCAGCCGUUUGCAAGUCUCGUCAGCAGGGUUUCAAAAAGCUGCCCCAGGCUGCUCAUCAACAUGGAGAAGGCCGGGCAGGCUGACCCUAUGAUGGGGUUGCUUGGUUUUGGAGGAGGGAUGGACUUUGACUCAGAAAAGGCGUACAGAGACGUAGCUCACAUCAGUGCGUGUGAUGACGGCUGUUUGGCUCUAGCUGACCUGCUGGGAUGGAAGGUGGAGCUGGAAGAGCUGGUGAAGCAGGAGCAUGCCAGGAUCGAAAGUCAGGACAAGCAAGAAAAGGCUGGCACGAGCAAAGGAGCUGCGGCCAAGUCGAGCUCCUCAUCGGUGGCACCAGAGCCCAAAAAGGAAGAGUAACUAAUUAGAAAGCUCCCCCCCUUUUCUUUAAAAAAAAAAAAGAUUACAAGCAACGUUUGUGAUGUCACAGUUUGGAGAUGGCCCUCAAAGGGAGAAUAUGAAGCAGAGUUUGUGGUUGCAGCUGAAGCUUCGGGUGCUAGGUGUCUGUGAAAUACACAGACAGAUGCUCAUUGUUCAUCUGCGGACAUUUAAUUCUUCUAAAUGAACACACGAUCUGGCAUCCCAUGCUUUUGUUUAUAUCAGUUAUUUGCACUUUAAAAUGCUCAAAUGCUUCUUUUGAUGAGCACAUUAAUCUCUAUCUGAGGUAGUUCAUCUGUGCACGGGCAAAUUUUUGCUGCAGUAGACUGUGGCAUUUUUUCAAGUACUUACACUAACUGAGCAAAGAUGGUGGUUAUUGGGUGUAAAACCUCAGCAGUGUGAUCAUGUCUGUGCUUUAUUCUUGGUAAGCUGGCAUGUUACUUCCACACCAGCUGAGUAGAGCUACUGGACUGAUUUGGCUGAGCCCCUUCAGCUCUCUUCAUGCCAUCAAGGUUACAGAUUAAUUUAUGAACAAGUUCCCUCUCAAAAGAUAACCAGGCUGUAUUUUAUUUAAUAUAUUUUCCAAUAUCCAAAAUAUGUUGGUCUGAUUGGCUAGCAACCUCAUAAAAUUAACAUAGAUAAUAAAAAAACUUCCUGGUAGAGGUGGUUGUAAAUAUAACAGUAGGUUAAUAUGCAAAGGGUUAUGUAGAACUUUUAAAAUGUAAUUAUUUUGUGACCUUCUACUGCUGUUGGAGCUCAUUUCUGUAAUUUCCCUUCAUGCAAUGUUCCCACAUGUUUACGAAACUAACGUUUUCUUAAUCUCAUGGAACACACUGUUCAUGAUGUGAAAGAAGCAGUCAUUGGUUAUUUUCAAAUCUUUGGAGACACAAGCAGCUUGGAAACAUGGAUUGCUGAAGUAAGUUGUAAGUGAAUAAAAGUGGCUAUGGUUUCAUUGGAAACUGAUUGGGCCGAUCGGUAAGCGCAUGAAUUGUUGCGUCAUCAAAUAAAAAAAACUACUUGGAGUGAACACAGUAUUACUAACAUCUUGUAUAAUAAUCAUAAUGGACAAUGCAAAAGUCAUGCAAUAAAUUUUACCUUUUUAAAGC